AAACGCGACAAUGCUUCUCAACAUGCAACAACCCCCACGUACCCCUUGGACCUCGAUCGCUAGUACGGCGGGCUCUACGGUCCGUAACAACAUUGAAUUCACGUAAGUCGACGCAAGUCAGUCUACUUCUCCUGGCAAGCAUUAUCAUGCGCUCACGGACGACGAAAUACAUUCGCAGAAACACAAUACCACAGAAGCGUGGCUGGACACGUUACACGGGAUCCCGGACAGCGCUGUGGUAGUUCACAAGCUCCCAGCGGAGCUCCUCCAGGCGAUUUUCAAACUCUCCUUGUCGAGACGCUACAGUGCAGAAUUUGUAGGCCAAGAUCCCUUACCAUGGGAGUUCCCCAUGGCUGGACACGUCCAGGCUACGCUUACCUCAGUAUGCAAACGCUGGCGCGCAGUCGCCUUGAACACGCCCACCCUGACGGCACUCAUGUUCCUCGAGCGCGCUCGCUAUCUACCCUUCAACUUCGUCGUUGAUAACCGAGCAAAGGCAGGGGGCUUGGAAAGCUUCUUCCGCAAGAUGGGUCCUCAGCUCACGUCACGACUUCGUUCCAUCUACUGCCGACCUCUCUGCGACCCCGUCCACGAGACUUUCGAUUUUCCGGCUCCGCUCCUUGAGUCCCUGUCAUUGCAAGAAGAGAGAGCACUAGUGCUCCGCAAGAUCGAGACGCCUCUCUUUCAGGGACACGCGCCACGUUUACGGUACCUGUCGCUCACGGGCAUGAUCUGGGUGCCCCAAAACCGACUCUCUUCCUUGACUCACCUCCACCUCCGCGUAUGCGGCUUUGUGUUGAAUCCUGAAAGUGAUUUAAUGGUGUUCCUGCAGUCGAGUCCAGAGCUGACGGACCUCGUGCUGUCGAUGAUGACGUUCGUCGGGCCGAUCGCGGACGCGCCGUAUGUCAACCUGCGAAAACUGCGUCGCCUCACCAUCGACACGACGCUACGCAAAGACAUCCGCACCUUCAUGGCGUCCGUAUCGCUCGCCGAGGGCACGUCCGUCCUCUUCCAGCACUGCGAGCUCCUGGAGGACGAGCUGACGUCGUGUCCGGGUCUGCAGCUGUACGUCGCCGGGCGGGCCUGGACGAGGAUGUCCAUCAAGUUCGAGCCGACGGAGAGCCUCUGCUCCGUCAUCGCGGCCGAUGCUAUUGGCGGUCUGUCAGGCGACUUCGCGCGCGAACGGCGCUGGGUCCGGCCGCCCAUCGUACCAUUCCUGGGAGUGCGCGAGUGCUGGAUCAUGGAGGACUACGACCCCGACGCUAUGUGCACCUUCUCCGCUGCGGGGUUGCGCGACAUGCUGGGCGGCCUGAGCGAGUUGGAAACGCUGGUCGUAUGCGCAUGGAACUCUGCGGUUGUCUUGGACACGCUGUCCUUCCCGACCCAGCGCGACGCCGACGCAAGAGUAGACCUGAUCUGUCCCAGGCUCAGCACGCUCACCAUCCUUGCUAGGAAUACGCGGGAUCUCGACCAGGCGAUGGGCACACCCGUUCUCCGGGAGCCAGUACCAGAGCGACGCCGUUGCGAGCGUGUCGUCGUCGGUUACCUGCCAGGCUUCCACGGAUCGCGUGCGCGCCACUCCCCCCUGGACGAGUUCUUCAACAGCGCGGUCGAGUAUGCCGAAUUGACGGUGUACCCGGCGAUGGAGCUCCCCGAGGUAUGUACCACCGAGGCACAUACUUUCUGGCCGAAAUGGAAACCACAUACCGAUGGCCUCGGUCGGAUGGUGCGUAUCAGGUCCCUCGGAAAGCGUGUGUUGUAUCUUUAGACUACGUCUGAGUGUGGUGUACAUAGGUGCACCGAGGUUUGCAUGGAGAACUUGGCCAUGGACACGUACUACGAUGACUGUAACAUCACAGCACCGGACUGAAACUCGGACGUGGUGCAUGUAUCUCGGUG